UCUCUCUCUCUCGCCUCGGGACUACUGGUACGGGGAGAGGACGCGAGAGGAAGACAACCCGACAUCCACGCUUCCCCUCCUCUUUCGUCGGAACUAAAUCACCUCUCUUUUUCUCUCUCUUUCUAGAGCGGUUGCUCCACCGAAACUUGUUUCAGACUUUGUAUUAUAUCCCACCCAUCAUCUUGGGAGGGAGAGAGAGAGAGAGAGAGAGCUGGGGAGACCAGCCACCGAUGCAUCCGGACAACCUCCCUCCUCCUCAACGUACCUCCAAUAUCAUCUGGUUCGCGGCCAGACCUUCCGUUUUUUACUCCUCUGCCUCUUCUUCCCCAUCCUGCUGGUAAAAAAAGGUGCCAAUUUUCCUGGAAAGAAAGAAAAAGGCAAAUCGAAAUGCUUCUUCCCUAAGCCUGGGCCACCUUCGUCCCUUUUCCUUCCCUUCCGCCUUCCCUCCUUCCCUCCCUCUCUCUGCAUCUCUCUUCUCUGGUGGUGCUUGCAGGUGUCGCCAUCAUGCAGCCUUUUCUGCGUUCUUUUCCUGCUUUUUCUUUUGAUUAGGAGAGAGCAAAGGAAGGGAGGAGAGAAGCAGAGGAGAGAGAGAGAGAGAGAGGAGGAGGAGGAGGAGGUGGAGGAGGGGAACAAGAAGAUGCAGAACCAUUUCCUGACGACGCUGCGCAGCCUGAAGCUGAUCGAUGGGUGCAAAGGGACGCAAGUCUACGCGGUGAAUCCGGCGGUCUCCAAUUCCAAUGCUCCUUCCUCGUCGUCGUCCGAUAAGCCGCUGCUCCGCUCCACCUUUUCCCUCCGCAAUAAAUCUAUCCAGGGAUGCAACGGCGGGGGCGGGGGCGGCGGCGGCCUCCACCACUGCCCCUCUUAUCUCCUCCUCGACUCCCUUCUCCCCUUCGGCCUCCCCUCCGCCGACCGCAUCGACCCCCCCGUCGACCCCUUCCUCCGUCCCGUCGACCCCGUCUCCGCCCUCUCCGACUCCUUCCGCCGCCUCUCCUCCACAUCCGACGCUAACUCCGGCACCGGCGCCGAGCGGCUCCUCCUCCUCUGCGACCUCUAUCUCGAGCAGCAUUCCCUCCUCCGCCCCCUCGCCGACCCAAAGCUUCUCCGUCGCACUCUCCGCUCCGCCCGUCUCCACGCGCCCGACACCCACCACCGCGUUGUCCUCUCUGCCUGGCUCCGUUUCGAGCGCCGCGAGGAUCAGCUCUUUCCCUCUUCCUUCCCCUCCCCCCUCUCUGCCUGCACCACCACCUCGCCGUCCCUCGAGUGCCCCCGUGCCGCCCUCCUCUCCACCUCCAACGACCUCCUCUGCCCUUGCCGCCGCCCCCCUCCCGUGCCAUCCCCCUCCCCAUCCUCCUCUUCCUCCUCCUUCCGCCGCCACGAGCCAGAAGAGGGAGCGGACGCCGACGUAUGGUUCUGCAUCGGCGACGACGAGGUCCCUUGCGUCCGCUCCAACAUCGCGGCCCUCUCCAAGCCCCUCUCCACCUUGCUCUGCGGCGGCUUUGCCGAGGCCCAGCGCGAGCGCAUCAGCUUCACCCACAACGGCAUUUCUGCCCGCGGGAUGAAGGCUGUUGACGUCUUCAGCCGCACCGGUCGCCUCGACGAGUUCCCACCCGAUACCGUCCUCGAGCUUCUCGCCUUCGCCAACAAGUUCUGCUGUGAGGGCCUCAAGUCCGCCUGCGAUCUAAAGCUCGCAUAUUUGGUUCGCAGCCUUGACGACGCCCUCCUCCUCGUCGAGUACGGGCUCGAGGAGAUGGCGUACCUCCUCGUCGCAGCUUGUCUUCAGGUGUUCCUCCGCAUGCUCCCCAAAUCCCUCGGCGACACCGAGAUAACAAGGCUGCUCUGCACUCAGGAGGGAAGGAAGAGGUUGGACGCGGCAGGGCACGCUUCGUUCGUCCUGUACCAUUUGUUGAGCCAGGUGGCCAUGGAGGAGGACAUGAAAUCCAACACCACGGUGAUGUUGUUGGAGAGGUUGGUGGAGACCGCCGCUCCUGGGUGGCAAAAGCAGCUAGCUUUGCACCAGUUGGGUUGCGUGAUGCUCGAGAGGGGCGAGUACAAGGACGCCCAGAGGUGGUUCGCAAAGGCUACUUCAGAGGGGCAUGUGUACUCCCAAGUCGGUGUUGCGAGGGCCAAAUUCAAGAAGGGGCACAAGUACUCUGCUUAUAAGCUGGCCAGUGGCCUCAUCGAUGAGCAUGAACAUGUCGGGUGGAUGCACCAGGAGAGAUCAUUGUACUGCAUUGGCAAGGAGAAGAUGGCGGAUCUAAGGAUCGCCACCAAGCUCGACCCCACCCUCGCUUACCCUUACAAGUUACGGGCAAUUGCUUUAAUGGAGGAUGACAAGGUGGGUGCAGCCAUUGCAGAGAUCAACAAGAUCAUUGGAUUCAAGGUCUCCACUGAUUGCCUGGAGCUUCGUGCAUGGUUCCUUCUGGCACUCGAGGAUUAUGAGGGUGCAUUGCAGGAUCUGAGGGCGCUCAUGACGCUGAACCCCAACUACAUGAUGUUUCAUGGGAAGCUACACGGGGAUCAGUUGAUCGACAUCCUCCAGCAGAAUGUGAAGCUGUGGGACAUGGCCGAUUGCUGGAUGCAGCUCUACGACCGGUGGUCCGCAGUGGAUGAUAUUGGCUCUCUUGCUGUGGUGCACCAGAUGUUGGCAAAAGAGCCCAUGAAUAGCAGCUUAAGAUUUAGACAGUCGCUACUGCUGCUAAGGUUGAAUUGCCAAAAGGCUGCGAUGCAUAGUUUGCGGCUGGCUCGGAAUCAUUCGACCCAUGAGCACGAAAGGCUUAUCUAUGAAGGAUGGAUCUUAUAUGACACUGGCCACCGCGACGAAGCAUUGGCUAAGUCUGAGGAGUCUCUUUCUCUUCAGAGGUCAUUUGAAGCUUUCUUUCUUAAAGCAUAUGCUCUAGCUGAUUCAAGCCUAGAUCCGGCAUCUUCAUCUUAUGUCAUUCAACUACUUGAACAAGCUAACAGUUGUGCAUCUGAUAACCUUCGUAAAGGGCAAGCACACAAUAACAUGGGAAGCAUAUAUGUCGAUUGUGAUAUGCUGGAUGAGGCUGCAGAAUGUUACUUAAAGGCACUCGGUAUAAAGCACACUCGUGCACACCAGGGUCUGGCUCGGGUUUAUUACCUCAAGAAUCAGAAAAAAGCUGCUUAUGAUGAGAUGACGAAGUUAAUAGAAAAGGCAAAGAACAAUGCGUCCGCAUAUGAGAAGCGGUCAGAAUACUGUGACCGUGACAUGGCAAAGAGUGAUCUUAAUAUGGCAACAAGGUUAGAUCCUCUGAGGACAUACCCCUAUAGAUACAGGGCUGCAGUUCUGAUGGAUGAGCACAAAGAACAUGAUGCUAUAGCUGAGCUCUCAGGAGCAAUAGCUUUCAAGCCAGACCUCCAGCUGCUUCACCUGCGUGCUGCAUUCUAUGACUCAAUUGGCGACUCUGCAUCAACCUCGCGAGAUUGCGAAGCAGCACUGUGCCUUGAUCCAACACACUCUGAUACCCUGGAUCUUUACAAGAAAGCUCUUGGAACAGCAGAUCCCCAGAGUACAUAAAGCUUGGCAAAGAUGUUUCGAUGUGCUGUUAUUCAAGAAUCAAGAAUGUGACUAUAGACGAUUGUAGAGAGGCGAAGAUGGCGUGUACAAAAUUGAAACGGAUCAGUAUCAGAGGCAGGAAGCAGUAUGUAUAUAGUUAUGCAAAGAAUUGUGAAAAUUAUAUAUAUAGGAGUGGAACAACGAAAGGGUGCACGCUCCAUGAAAGAUGAGUGCUGUAAAAAAUGUGCGAAUUGGAGGACCAGUUGAUCUACAGGAGAUAGCAGAAGCCUUGAACUCUUGAAUUGAAUUCAGGCUCAUUUGUGUAAUAUUUUUCUUCAUGAACAACUCUUUUUGAGAGAUGGUAAUUGACAAUUUUUCUAUGAUGUGAGAGUACAAAGGGGGCCAAUUUCUUCCCCCUCAUGUUUAGUUUCAUCUGAAAAAAAUUGCUACAGCCUUUUUGCUGCAAGCCUUUUCUUUUAGCAUUGUUUAGAAAGUUGAUGGGUGUCUGGAAAACUGGAAAACAUAUUGAAAAGUGUAAUGUGGAUGAUUUGCUCA